CGUGCCAUUUAAAAAUUUUAAUUUUAAUAGUGUUAAACGUUAAUAUUUGUUCUUUUCUUUUUUAAGAUAACAAAUAAAUCCAACCGAAAUAAUAAAAAUAUAAAAACGAAAUAUCAACUAAAUACGUCCCUCCCUUAACCGUUCGCUCGCAGAAAUCAAAAAAUACAAACAAACAAACAAAUAUUUAAGUGUAUAAUAGCAACGCACGGUCGUACGUACGGUCGACGGUCAAUCGGUCGUUACGUAGGUAUAUUUUGGCUAAACGGGGAAUCCAAAAUCGGCUAUAGUUCCAAGUUUUUUUAAUUUUAACAGUAAAUAAAACUAAAAAAUAAAACGGUUCCUAUUCCUAAAUUUGUUGUUAUAAUUGUUUAUGUUAACAACGCGUCUAGUUCAAGGUCAGUUUUCAUUGCAACCAACAGCCAAGAGAGCAAAAAAUAAUAGAAGCCACAAAAAGCUUCUGUUGCCUCUUGGAGCAGCUAAAUGGCUGGUGAUAUGUCUUCGAUAGGGUGUGCUGCCCUCAAGAAAUCCUCUAAACUAAAGCUAGCCAAUGAUAAGGAAAACAAUGCCAGCAUUAAUAAUGCGGGAGGUGGCAUUGGCGUAGGCUUUGGUGGACGCAAAGAGAUCGGUCAUUUGGCCAUGAAACCACCAAAUGCUCCUCCCCAGAAUAUGCGUGGCGGUUUGCGUGUCUAUAAAAUUGUUAUUUUAGGUGAUGGUGGUGUUGGCAAAUCGGCUGUUACGCUACAAUUUGUUAGUCACAAUUUUUUGGAUUAUCAUGACCCUACAAUUGAGGAUUCAUAUCAACAGCAGGCGGUUAUCGAUGGCGAAGCAGCAUUAUUGGACAUACUCGACACUGCAGGACAGGUCGAAUUCACAGCAAUGCGUGAUCAAUACAUGCGAUGUGGUGAGGGUUUCAUAAUUUGUUAUUCGGUAAUCGAUCGACAUAGUUAUGAGGAAGCUUCAGAAUAUCGAAAAUUAAUACAAAGAGUAAGAUUAACCGAAGAUAUACCAGUGGUAUUGAUAGCAAAUAAAAGUGAUUUAGAAUCACUGAGAAAGGUUUCCACCGAGGAAGGUCGCAAUUUAGCCAAUCAAUUUGGUUGUCCAUUUUUUGAAACAUCUGCCGCAUUACGUUUGUAUAUUGAUGAAGCGUUUUACGCUUUAGUACGUGAAAUACGUCGCAAAGAAAAGCAAAAAGCUUUGGGUAAUGGCACCAGUUCCGAAAAGUUACACUCAAGACGGCGCAGUCGCUGGUGGCGUAUACGUUCUAUAUUUGCUUUAGUAUUUCGAAGAAGACGCAAUUUAAAUUAAAAACUAAACAAAGUUUUUUUUUCUUCAUACGAUUAUUAAAACUUUGACUUUUGUAGUAAAGUUAUCUAUCUAUAUAGAUUAUUAUGAUUUGGCGAUCUGUUAUGAAAAAUGUAUGAAUGAUCGAACAUUUACGCCCUCCCCCUACUUACUACUAACUAUUACUACUAAACUACUAUUACUAACUAGAGAAGUUUUGUUGAAACAUUUUCAUAGUAAACAUAUUUAAAACCUUAAUCAAAUAAGUUAUUAAUUUGUUUAGUAAAACUAAGUUUAAAAAAAAA